CUCUCUCUCUCUCUCUCUCUCUCUCUCUCUCUGAAAAUGAGCUCAUCACUUUGGUUCACAGUGAUGCUCGUGAUCAUGGCGAUGCUCGCGAAUGGCGUGAGCUCGGACUUGGCAAGUGACAAGCAAGAGUGCGGGAGCCAGCUGGUCAAUCUCUCGCCAUGCAUACCCUUCGUCGGUGGUGAGGGUAAAGCUCCAUCCGUGGCAUGCUGCGAAAACCUGAGGAAGGACACGGCCGAGACGAAGAAGUGCUUGUGCAUGCUUGUCCGAGACCGGAACGAGCCAGACCUCGGCUUCAAGAUGAACGCCACCCUCGCGCUCGCCCUCCCUUCCAUUUGCCAUGCUGCAGCCAACGUCUCUCACUGCCCCGCUCUUCUGCAUUUGGAUCCGAACUCCCCAGAUGCUCAAAUUUUCGAGCAAUUCACCAACGCAUCGUACGCUGGGAUCAUCUCCGGAGAUCGAUCUAGCGUCGUCUCAAGCAGCGGUUUGGCAAAACGACCUUGGCGUAUUGGAGUUGCCUUCUGGCUCCUGAUAAAUACUGUUGUUCACAUGGUCUGAGAAUUUACUUGCCAUAGCUUCCCCUCUUUCUUCCCAAAAUGAUCAUGUACAUGGUACGGAGUUAGUAGUACUGAACUUAGAAUCAAUAUAUCAAUGAUCUGUGGCUACUUAUUUUUCGAGUGCGUACGCUGUGGCUGAACCCGUGUUGCGCUAUGAAGUGUUGUAAGUUAUAUGUUUGGUAAUACGCGUUCUAAAGCUGUAUUAUUAAUAUGUAAUUUAUAUGUAUUAUGAGGUCUUUUUGUAAUUAUGGUUUUAUAUGUA